AUGGUCCCACCCCCUCCCACCAACAAAGCACAUGUGUUCUUGUCCACCGUCAUCAUCAUGAGCAGCAUGGCGCUGAUAGACGCGUACCUCGUGGAGCAGAAUCACGGGCCGCGGAAGAUCGGCAUCUGUAUCAUGGUGACGGUGGGAGACCUCUGCUUCCUCAUUGUGCUGCGAUAUGUGGCUGUGUGGGUUGGAGCCGAGGUGAGGACCGCAAAACGAGGCUACGCCAUGAUACUUUGGUUCCUUUACAUCUUUGUUUUGGAGAUUAAGGUGUAUUUCGUGUAUCAGAACUACAAGGCCGACCGCAAAAGUCUGGACGCAUUAGCACGGAAAGCGUUGACGCUCUUGCUCUCCAUCUGCAUUCCCGUGCUGUUUGUGAUUUUGGUCGGCAUUGACCACAUGGAAUAUGUGAAGGCUUUCAAGAAGAAAGAGGAGAUUAGGAACCGUUUGUUCUGGGUCAUGGUGGAUCUCUUAGAUGUUUUAGACAUCCAGGCCAACCUGUGGGAGCCGCAGAAGAAAGGGCUUCCUCUCUGGGCCGAGGGUCUGAUGUUUUUCUACUGCUAUAUUCUUCUGUUAGUGCUGCCGUGUGUGUCGCUCAGUGAGAUCAGUAUGCAAGGUGUCAACAUCAGCCCUCAUAAGAUGAUGCUUUACCCCAUCCUGAGUUUAGUUACCAUUAACAUCGUCACGCUCUUCAUCCGUGGAGGGAACAUGCUCCUCUAUAAGGACAACAGAGUGUCUGGGAUCCUCAUGGGCAAGAACAUUCUGGCCAUCGUUCUGAAGAUGUGCAGCUUCGUGCAGUACAGGAGACAGUUACAGAACGCUCCUCCAGCGUUUGGAAUGGAAUUACAGAAGAACUCUGUACCGUCCACUCGAUCCGGACCGAAACCUCCUCAGGCGGGGCUUCAGGAGCAAACGCCACUCCCUGAGGUCACGACAUGUGAACACAGGUGACGUGGAAUUUGUGGAAUACCAUUCUUACUUUGACACAACGAAACGCAACUUUCUACGAUAAAUCAAUACACAUAUUCUUAACAUUCUUAAAACAAGAUACAUUUACUUGAGAAUGCAAAAUGACACAGUAUUUUGUCUUG